GGCUGUGGCUGUGGCUCUCCCUGCCCUCCAGCCCGGGGACGCAGGCUGUGCCCAGCUGUCUCCCCGGGGGCAGGCCACAUACAUUAAGAGGAAAUGGCUAGAAAACACGAGCACUUUGGACUAAGUUAUCUAGAAGAACUAAAUAUGAUUAAGGAGCGUGAGAUUAUAUGCAAAGAAUCUCGGCAGGAUUUUCUUAAAUUCAAACAAGCAGUAGCUACUGCUCAUACAAAUGUGAGCACUCAGCCCUUCCUGGAAGAUUUAACACCAGAUCAGUCACAUCAGUUAGAGCAGUAUCAUCUUCAGAGGUCAGAGAGUCCACAUAAGCCUAUCACUAAUAUAAAUAAAAAUGUUCCUAAUGAAUUAAUUGGCAGUUCUGAAAUUCACAGAAAAGUAAGGAUCUCUCCUGAAGUAAGAGACAUGAAAAAACAAACUCAUGAUCUCAGCACGAUGACUCAAAGAAAUAAAUCUUCUGUAAAAGAGGACAGUGCUGACAAAAAUCAGAAAAGUUACUCUGAAAAAAUAAAUAUGGAAAAUAGUAGUUGUAGUCAUGAAAGUACAAGUGUAAAGAUGCCAGUAAUAGCAUCUUUAGCAGGGACCACUAAAAAAAUCACUAUGUUAAAACAACCAGCACCACCUCGGAAGCCUAAAUAUCGCAAACUUAUUCUUCGUCCAAGACUAGUAACUUAUAACACCCCCAUUCUGUUACAGAAAGUCAAAGAUACUAGAAAAGUGCAGAGUAGAGCCCAUUCUCUAAAGAUAAACAUUCAGACUGUAAAAACAAAUAGAACCAAAGAAGCUAGCAAUGACAGUAAAGAAAGUGAUGAAUCUAGUUCUACAGAUUCUGAUUCAAGUGAAAAGGCUUCUAAAAAGAAAAAAGUUAUUAGGAAAAAAGAUAAGAAAGUAUGCAGAGAACUUUCAAAAGCAAGUCAACAAGAUUCAGUUGUUGAGCCGGGAAGAGUACUGAGUAAAAGAAGCAGUGUCUCCUGCAGCCAUCCAAGUGUGAGGUCUGCUUCAGAGCAGUUGGAAGAGGCUAGAGACAUAACUAGACCAGACACUUCAAAAAUAUACGAGGAGAACUUCCAGCAGAGCAAACCAGAAGAGCUUACUUCCACACCAAAGUUGCCUGUGAGAGUGGUUGCAAGGUCUAUUGAUGAAAUAAUUGCUUCUCUGCAGUCUACUUUUCAGUCUCCCUCAGACCAGAUGAUCAAAGAACUCCUGGAGAGUGUUCUUGGCCGGAACUACAGCAUAAAAAUGGAAUACAAUAAUUCUUUGGCAGUCCAAAUAACCUUCUGGAGUAUAUGGAUGGAAGAAAACCCGUUUUCUCUUAUUCUUGCCCGUCUUGACAAUUGCAACCUCCUUCUUUCUGGUCUUCCUGACACUCACCCUCGCUUCCCUGAGCAGACAUCAGCUGAAUCUCAGGAAAAGACGACUGAAUCUCAAGCUAAUGAAGAAAUAGUGACAAGUUUUCAGCAACCGAGCCUGAUGGCAAUACCCCUUCACUCUGCCUUCAAUGAAGUGUUUAGGAAUGAAUGGAACGAGCCUGAUAAGGGCAACCACAUUAACAAGAGUGACCUCAGGCUAUAUAAUAUUCAAGAACCAAAGGACUCUAUUGCAGACACCCUGAAGGUGGAUGCCGCUGAAGCAUCCUUUGCCAGGGAUAUGACCAAAGAAUCACUUAGUGGAACAACUCCUUUUCAGGCACCAGGAACUUCACAUCCACUUUCAGAGGAUAUGCCUAGUUCUGUAGAAACUGAGGAAUAUAAAUUAAAGUUCUCUUCUUCAGACAUUUCACCCUUAUAUGAACCAGUUUUUCCAGUGCCUAAAAUUUCAGAGGAUGAAGAGAGAAAACAAGAAUCACAGACAACUGUAACAUUGCCUUUAGAGGCUGUAUCCUCAGACAUACUACAGGUGAAAGGAGAAGCAAUCAUAAAGGCUAAACCAUUUGAAGUUCAGCAAAAGCUAUCAGAAGAUCUCCAGCAACAGCAAUCACUGUCUUCGCUGUCCACAUGGACUCCAGAGAUCAAAGGUCAACAUUAUCCAGUUAUUCAUCACCUGUGUACUGCUUCUCCUAGUUAUGCAUUGCCUGCUGAUCUACAGCUGGCUUCAAGAGUAUAUCAUACUUUCGACAGAAAAGGGCAUUAUUUUUUAUUUACAGCAGAGGAUCUGGACCACCAGGAGGAAGCAUCACUCUGCUCAGAAAAUAUUACUUUUGAAGAACAAAUAGAAAGAAAUAGAAUUUGUUGUUAUGGAGUUCCUGUUUCAGAACUAUACCAGGAUAAUCAGAAAGAUGGAAUUAAUAUUUUGCCUCCUCAUACAUCAAAAAGUCUAACAGAAUGGCAAAAAGUAGCUGCCUAUUAUGUUGAAAAGCCACGACUGGAACUGUUAGGAGAGAAAGUUUCUGUUUAUCCAGGAACUCUAAAAAUGUUUUGGGCUCCAGCUCCACCAAAAUUUUCUGCUCCACUAUCUUUCAUGAAGGAAACCUUAUUUCCUACGUAUGAGAGCAAUGUUAUUGAGGGUGUUGUAACUGAAGACUUUUCUGCUGACCUUCAAGAGGAAGAAGACUCAGAGUCUGAGGAUGAUCUUGACAUCUACAGUUAUAUGGUGAUAAGUUUUAUUAAAAGAUCAGUCUCUGCACCAGAUAUGUCUGCUUUCAAAGACAAAACAGUGUUAAAGAUUUCUGCUAAUUUCAAAACCAGCGUGAAAGAGUUGAAGGUUAUGAAGGAAAAGAUAUCUGAGCCAGAGGUUGAGACAGAGAUUGAGAAAAGCUCCCCUACUAAGAACCUAUUGACUAAAAGCUGUGAUGAGCCUUUACCAACACUGGUAGACAUACCAAUGAAAAGAACACCUAUUUUGACCGGACAAGAGGAUAGUGAUGAUGACAUAGUUCUUGCUGAGAGAGCUCGAAAAGCUGGGAUUAAGUACAUUAUUUUCCCCAAAAAAAAGAAAACAAAGAAAUCAAAGAAAAUGAUAGACCGUGGAAAAUUAGAAGCUAUGGCUGAGGGAUUAAAACAACCCUCGAAGAUUCUUAAAAGCUCUGUAUCCCUUGGAAGACUACAUAUACAGAAUAAAUUCAGUAUCAGAGUAUCUCCGGCAGUCCAACGUUAUCGAAGUCCAAGUCUCCCUUGUUUGUUAGAUUUUGAGAAAUUUGCAAAAAGUAAAGGUGGAAUUCCAAAAGACCUUGAUGAUCGUGAAUGGGUCAGAGGAAUCUGGAAUAGCUGGUUCGAUGAGGCUUUCCCUCCGAGUAGGGCUUCUACUGAGGAAAAAGAUGCUAAAGUACUAACAGACACUAAGAAGGUGGACUCUGCAGAACAAGGAAAUCCUGAUCUAGAAAUAGAUCUAAUGGACUCAGCGAAUCCUGUUUUGGUAGAAGAUCUUGCUGAUAUUGAAGAUUUGGAAACAGAAAUCAAUAGACUAACACUGUUGAUUGAAAACGAAGGAAAUUCCUCAGCGUUUCACUAUUGUAGACGUGGAGCAAUAAACAGGAAAUUAGGCAAGUUAAAGUCAGCCAUGGAUGAUUUGGAAAAAGCCAUAAGCUUAGAACCACUUCUACUUAAUGCUUAUUGGCACAGGCAUUUGAUUUACCUCUUUCAAGAAAAAAAUCAAGCUGCUUUGGAUGACCUGAAUGUUAUAAUUAAAUGGAACAAAAAUAAUGUGGAUGCAUAUCUGUCAAAGGCUGAAAUUUACAGAAAUCAAGGCAAUAAUGCAUUGGCAAUCAUAAAUUGCACUUUAGCAGUGAAAUGCAACCCUACAGAUGAUGACAUUUAUUUCAGGAGAGCUGAGUUGUUGGAAGAGGAAGAGGAUUUAUUAUUGGCAAUGGAUGAUUAUGCCAAAUGUUUUCAGUAUAAUCCAAAAAGAACAGAUGCACUUAUGAAACAUGGAAUACAUUUCUUUGAGAAAUCAAUUUGGACUAUAGCUCUUCAAGAUUUUACAGCUGUGAUUAAGGAAGAUCCCAGCAAUGUUCAAGCAAGGAUAUAUCGAGGAAGAACAUAUGCUAAACGACAGCAGUAUAAAAAUGCAACCGAAGACUUUUCUGCUGCAGUUCAUCUAGAUCCUUCUAAUUGGUUAGCAUUCUAUUGCAGAGGUUGCAUACUGCGAAAGAUUGAUCCAAAGAAAGCUCUGCAGGACUUCAGUGUUUCUGUGCUCCUCAAUGACUCUUUUGAAAAUCUCAGUUCUUUCAUUCACCGUGGGAUCUUAUACUCAGAACAAUGUCAGUGGUCACUAGCGAUCUGUGACUUUGAAAAUGCACUGGCUCUGGACAGUGGUAUUGCCUUGGCUUACAUAAAUAUUGGCUUGAUAUUACUGUUACAUCUGGAUCAUUACUAUGAAGCUAUUCGACAGUUCUCUAAAGCCAUUGAAGUUGAUCCCACAAACAUUAGAGUUUAUAUUUGUAGAGCUCAAGCAUAUCAUCAGGUGCACAAUUUACAGCGUGCAUUAAGAGAUAUAAAUCGAGCCAUUCAUCUUUAUCCAACUGAAUCCUAUUUAUGCAUAAUAAGGGGACAAUAUUUAAUUGAGAUGAAGGAAUAUAAACUUGCAAGCUUCUGUAUUCUUCAAGUAGCAGAAAUGGGCGACGUAUCCUUUAAAACCUCUCCUGUUCAGCAAGCGCUCGUUCAGUCAUUUUGUCAAAAUCACAGUAAAGCUAUAGAGUGCUUAGCUGAGGUUAUUGCAAAUCAGCCUGCGCCUUCCAUGUUUGUUCUGCUAGGAAAAAUACAAAUGAAAGCCAAGAAAACCAAGGAUGCUAUGGAAAGUUUUCAACAAGCAUUAAAGAUACUGACUUCUUCAGCAAAAAUCUUGCCUAAUACAUUUGAGGCUGCAGAAAUUUAUUAUUUCUUGGGCCUGUGCUAUAUGGAGCAAGUCAGUUUAUUACAGGCCUAUGAAGCUUUUACUCUUGCUGUCAAAGUAUACUCAAAUUAUUCUGAUGCUUUUUAUCAGCGAGGGCUGUGCAGAAUGCAACUCAACCAAGCUAAGUGCAUCCAAGAUUUCAAUCGAGCACUUGCCAUUAAUCCAAAACAUUUUCAGGCAUAUUUAAGUCGUGCUGCUUACUAUGGUAGCAAGGGAAGAUACUCCAAGGCCAUUCUGAAUUGUAACGAGGCUAUCAAAAUUCAUCCUGACAGUGUGAGAGCCUAUCUCUACAGAGGAACUUUGAAAUAUCACAAUAAGACAUACAAAAAUGCCAUUGAAGACUUAACCAAAACUAUUGACUUGGACAAAAUCUGCAUUUUGGCAUAUUACAACAGAGCUAUCUGUUAUCACCAAAUAAAGGACUUUAGAAAGGCUUUGAAAGACUAUGGAAUUCUUCUUCUUCUUGAAUCGAGUAAGGAAAUUGUCUUGACAGUGUUAAUUAACCGUGCACUACUCUAUGUGGAACUGGAAGACUACUCUAAUGCAUUAGAGGACUUUAAAGAGGCUUCAUUGAGUAAUCCAAGAAAUAGUGAGAUCUAUCAAGCUAUUGGAAUCUGCUACCAGAGACUUGAGCAGUAUGAAGAAGCUGUGAAUUCAUUUACCCAAGUGCUUAAACUAGAUCCCUUUUCUCUGGAUGCCUAUGUUGCAAGAGGAAAUUCAUACAUGGAAUAUGGUCAUGAAGUUGGCAACACCCAAGCACAGAAAGACUUCCUGAAAGCACUGCAUCUUAACCCAAAGUGUGUGAAAGCCAGAAUUUGCUUAGGAUACAAUUUACAGGCCUUUGGAAAGUUUCAGAAAGCUUGGAAUCAAUUUACAGUUGCCAUUGACAUUGAUCCAAAAUGCCAUAUUGCCUAUGAUGGACGAGCUGUGAUCUGUCUUCAGAUGGGUGAUACUUUUGCUGCAUUUCAAGAUACAAAUGCAGCACUAAAGCUCACUACCACUGCUCAGCUGCUUACAAACCGGGGUGUCAUUAACCAGUUUAUGGGUUACUUAAACUGUGCUAUGAAAGAUUAUCAGCAAGCAAUUUCCAUCAACCCUGGCUAUGCUUUAGCCUAUUUCAAUGCAGCAAAUAUCUACUUUCAUCACAGGCAAUUUUCACAGGCCAAUUCCUACUAUUCCAAGGCAUUACAGCUUGACCCACGAAAUGAAUCUGCAGUCCUGAAUCGAGCUAUUACAAAUACAUUAUUACAAAAUAUCGAAGAAGCAAAAGAAGAUUUUGAGAAGGCAAUUUGUCUCUGCCCUUUCUCUGCAGCAAUGUACUUUAACAGGGCAAACCUCUAUAGAACAUUAAAGCAAUAUGAGCUAGCUGAGAAGGAUAUUUCAACAGCAUUGUCAAUUCAACCUAAUGACGCUUUGAUGUAUAAACUUAGAGCUGAUGUUCGUGGUAAAAUGGGAUUCAGUGAAGAAGCCAUUGCUGAUUACAAGCAAGCAAUCAGCAUUCAAGAAAUGAUCGAUGCAAUGUGA